ACGCUUUGCUGCUUUGCUUCCGGGUGCGACCAUAUCGAGGUGUGGAACAAAAGCUCCGCCCAGUGGGAGGCUGUCUGCUGGUGUGGGACAUGGCGGAAAGGGGGAAUAUGUCUAAAUCAAGGAAGGCUCGGGCAAAACAUUCAGGAAAUUUUCAGGUCAGUGAUUUAAACAGUGAAGAUGCAGCUAAAAGGAGAGCCGCCCUGGAAAUUGCCGUAAAGCGUAAGAUUGAAUCAGAGAAACGCGCUCUGCAGAUUGUUGAACGUCUCUUAGAAGAUGAUGUUUCAGAAGUGUAUUUAUUGGACUCUGCAAAAUAUAUUGCCCCGGCCCACUAUAAGGACACAGUGGAGGAAAGAACCAUUAUCCAGCUAUGUGGAUACCCUGUAUGCCAAAAUAGGCUUGAAAAUGUACCAAAGCAGAAGUAUAAAAUUUCUACAAAAACAAACAAAGUUUAUGAUAUUACUGAGAGAAAGUGUUUCUGCAGCAAUUUCUGUUUUAGAGCAUCCAAGUAUUAUGAAGCUCAGCUUCCCAAAACCCCAGUGUGGAUGCGAGAUGGAGAGAGCCCACCUGAUAUAAAACUCCUGAAAGAAGGAAAGAGUGGUCAUUCUGGUAUAGAGGUUAAAUUAUCUGAAAGAUGCAUCAAAGAGUCAGAGAUCGAAAAACUUUCAACAUUUACUGAGGAAUAUGAUCCCAACUCUCCUGGCAGUGAUAGCGAUGGUCAAGGGGACAACGAGCAGGCCUUUGUUUCGUCAGUAAUCUCAAGCAGCAAUGAUACCAAAAAAGUAGGAAAGAAGAAUUCUAUUAAUUUGGAAAAGGCUCAUAACCUAGCGCACAGCUUAACAGAAACAGUGGAAAGUUUGCAUAAAUGCAAUUUAAGCGACCAAGAAAUCAUGUCAAACUCUAAAAUACCGAACUGUCCAAAAAGUGUUGAAAGUUCACAUAAUGUACAAAGUAAUUCAGAAAUGUUGGGAUUGACACACAGAGCUGUGAGCAAAAAAGGGGCAGAACAGCUUCGUAAAAUACUGCGCAAUUCUACACAGUAUCAGACUGCUCUUAAAGAGGGUAUUUCCCCUGGUGCUGCUAAGGGAGGUAUGCUAGAGGUACUUACACAGACCUUAAAUGAAUGGAAAACUGAAGAAACCCUGAAAUAUUUGUUUGGUGCAAACUAUGUGAUCGAUUCCUCAUUUCAUAAGAAAGACUCUGUAAGGAGUAGAGUUGAGGUUGAGGACCUGGAUGAAGAUGAUUUAAGUUUCGAUCCAAAUAAAGUCAGCAGCUUGAAUGAGUCUUUGCCUUUCCAUGAAACGAGAAAUCCAGCGAAAGUAGUGCCAGAUUAUGAAAAGCUAAAAGAGAAGGCAUGUAUGCAACAAAUUAGGGUGAAAGAUUUUUUUCAUGGACAUUACAUUUUGCCAGAAGACAUGGAAUAUAAAAUAAAUGAAGGAAAAGAGACUAGAAAUAAAGAAACUGAUACCUUGUGGACCCCAGCCCUUCCUCUUGUAGAUUCUUGCUCUCAGCAGCAAAUCCGAAGACGAAUUGUGCUUGAAAAGCUUAAAAAAGUGCUACCAGCUAUUUUGUUACCCCUCCAAAUGACUUACAGUGAAGUAGCUAAGGAGCUGCACAACCUUGUUACAACAUUACGGUUUUCCAAUAAAAAUAUCACUCAUACCAUCCCAGAAUGGUCUAUCAUAGCUAUUGUCCUGUUAUCCGUAUUGCUGCCUUCAAUGCCGCUUCAUAAAGACUCCCAAACAAAUCCUCUGUACACUCAGUUUGUGUCUAAGCUGUUGGAAGAAUUGCACUUUCAAAAUGAAGAUCUGGAAAGGCUGAAGGAAAGAUUUGCUUGCAAUCAUAUGUAAUUGUAUGGCAUCACUUAGAGUUGUAUCCAGUGAUCCCAUCUGGGGCGCCACCACAUCACUGUGUGCAUAAUUAUAACUUAUUUUCUCUCUGUGACUUCCCAUUUUUUUCACUUUGAAAUAUCAAAGGCACAGAUUGAUGCUUUGUGCUCCAUGUUGAACAGGCAGAAUAUACAAAUGGUGCCUAAUAAAUAAUGGGCAUAUUAACAAAACAGUACCUUGGGAAGUUUUCAUAUGUUGCAAAAAGCAAAUCCAAGGGCUACAGCUCAUUACAUUAAAAAAUUGUCAAAUAUAUAAUGUUCUAUGCAGCUGUGUAUAAUACUGUUUGCUUUGUAACAUACAAUCAAACUAUUUAAUAAACCAAUGCAAUUGUCAGGAACUCACCAAGUGGGAGACCAACUGAUAUCAUAGUGUUUUUCCUGGAAUCUGUCACUCACCGUUUCUUUGCAGCUUUGCCAUUUUGUGUAUUUUAU